UCUCGUGUCCGCCACCGUGGGACACUGCGCUUCUGUCUACGGUACUGGGCGGUGCAUUAGCCGAGGGAGAGGAGACAUCGACGGAAAACCGAAGGCAGGCUCCGGAUUCUCCGCUUUUGAAACGAAACGUAGGAACAAAACCUAAAAAAAAGAAAGAUGAGCACCAAGAGGAAGGCCGCCGGUCACCCGAGGACAGGAGACCGAGUCCACAUCAUGAAGUCCAGAACCUCUCGGCCGGAUUCCGAGAGAGACUCCGGGUUCUCCGAUGCCAGUUCAGAGCAGACGAGCUCCAUGGACACCACCGACUCCGAGGAUUCCCCUCAUCCAGCGGUCAGACAAGGUCACCGGAGUGCCGGGUCAGUGUCCUCUGGGUUGGCUGUGGUGGGGGGGUCCUACUCCAGCCUUUCUCCAAUGAUCAUCAUGAACAACGUCCUUCUCAAGCAGCCUGCGGAUAAUCCUCCAGCUAUGAAGCCUUGGGGCGUAAAUCCCACAGUAAAGGUGGUGCAGCCGGUGGUGCAGCAGCCUCCGUUCGUGUUCAUCCAGCCUGUGGUCUCUGGCCAAACCUCCUCCGCUUCCAAAGAGUGCACUUCAAGACGCAAACGCUCCAAGAAGUACCUCCCCAUUCUGAAAUCCUACCCCAAGAUCGCCCCAUAUCCACGUGACUCCAGUGGUUCUUCCGGGAGAGGAGCUGCUUCCUCUUCCUCGGGGUCAGGGAGGAGCAGUAGCUCCUUGAACUCCAACCAGUGGGAGGCCGGUCAGAGAGAGAAGACUCUGUGUGGCAGCAUCUCUGACUCGACCACGCCCGGUCGUCCUGCUACGCCCGGUACCACGUCUCCUCUGCACCAGAGCAGGCCGUCCUUCCAAACCACAGAAACCAGCAGCAGUCCGAGAAGGGAGAAGCCUUCAUCAGCUGUCAUAUCGACUGAUGUUCUGACCCCCACCACUGGCUCCAAAGACCCCGCCCUUUCCCGUCUACGUCCGAGCUCCGGGGAAAACAACGACUCCGAUCAAUGCAGCCUAAGUGACUGUGAUUCAGACGCAAAGAGGAAGCGCUUCUGCAACACCUACAACAUCCUGAGCAAGUCCGGCCUGCUGGACAUCACUCUGCGCACCAAGGAGCUCCUCCGGCAGAACCGGCACACCCAAAGCGACCUGGACCGCCUUAGGGAGCAGACGGACCUCUUCCUCCGCGCUUUGCAGAGCGGCGACGCCAGCUUGCGUCUUCAGCUGCAGGCCAGCCUCCAGGAGGAGGAGCGGGAGAAGGCCGUUCAUAUGGGCUAAAGAGCUGAUCAGAGCUGUGACGGUGUGGCAGGAAUCCCUCACACUUAGAGGGAAAGGACCACCGGGGCAGGACCGGGGUGUGUGCACAGACAGAUGGGCUGGAAGUAAUUAGCCCCGCAGCACGCUCCCGCCCCCGCUGGCAGUGAGGAGUGACCUACAUUCAGCUGCUGGUGGCCCUGACACCCAAGGCUUCUCACAGAGGCAUCGAACUGCAGACCGUCUGAGACAUUUUGACGAUUUUUGCCUACAACAAACUCGAGAGGCUCCAGAAAGCAGCUGGAUGUACAUUUACAGGAAACGUUGGGAUUGACUGGAACCUCUGGAAAGAAGAGGAAUCCUGCAGGAGUGGAGAUCUCUGACCAAACACAGGAGGUUGUUUUCUUUCCACCAUAAAUGCCUGUUCUGCCCCCCCAUCUAUGCCAGGAGACCAGACCCGUUACAGGAUCUUCCUGCUGCGCUGCUGUUUCUGUCCUCCUGUGCAGCAAAGCACCGCAAUAAUUUAAAAAUUGUAAAUCCUUUGGUCAUGCGGCUGAAGCGGUUCUCAAGGACCUGAACCGCAUCACAGGUCUUCCAUUCCUGUUCCUGCUCAAUAAGUACAAGUCCUGAGACCUUUUUCAUGCUGAAUGCAAGUUGUGAAGAAGCAGAAAAGGGUUUUGUUAUUAAAACAUUGUCUGAUUUUAUGUGUAUUCUAGUUUCCAGUCAGAUUUUUUAUAUGAAAUCAUUCCAAAAAGCCAAUUUCUGAAGGAUGUGUCCACAGACGGACGAACAUGGAUUCAGCAGCAGCUGAUGCUUCCUUUGGCUUAGCAAUAGUUCAUAUCAUAAAAAAAGGGUUUUAUUUUUUUUACUGCUCUUUUAAUGUAGACGUUUUUAAAGCCUAACAUUUCUGUCAUUCAUUUUUUUCUUUACACGCGGUAAAUGUUUGUGUUGGUUUUUUUUUACGUCACGUUUUAAGGACUGUUUGUGCAUCAACUUUAACGUCUUCUAUCAAAACUUUAUUUACACUUCAAAACAGAACGCUGUUGUUUUAAAUACAUUAUUACCAUUGUUCAUUUUUUUAUGUUUUAUUAUGAAUCAUGGCCUUAAAAUCCAAAGUGGAUGUUUGUUUUUCAACAUUUGCACUAAAAGGAAUGACUCUGGAACGGCAGCUAUGACGUCAUCUGUGAUGUCAGUGGUGUUUUACGCGUUUGGUCUUCAUGAUCGGCACAGAUUCGCUUUCUGUGGUUUGUUCAGCAGCUCAAGUGUAAAAGUUCAGAGAAGAGAAGUGCGGGUUCAUCAUCACCUGAAAAGGUGUCGUCGUGAUUGUUCUGGACAUGAAAUGUAGUUUGGUCUUGUGAAUAAACGGUUUGUAAUUUGAA